ACCUAUCCCACUUUAGGUUUUCUUCUACUAACCUCUCCUCUUUCGCUUCAACCUUCCCAUCUCCCGCAGCCACCGCCCGCCGCAGCCACCGCCCGCCGCAGCCACAGGCACUGGUGCACCGCCACGAGGACACCAACCUCAGGGCGCCGCUCAUUUACUACCAGCUGUUCUAGGUUACUUCUUGUAUCAGCUUCGACAUCUCAUUCAAGAUUAUAAAUGGGAAAGAAGAAGUUCAUUGACAAGAAGAAGUCUGCAACAUUUCAGUUACUUGCGAGGGACACAUCAGACCCCAAUUAUCAUGGGGGUCUGGCUAGUGAUCGAGUCUUUGUUAGGGUUGACAACAAUCCAUACUCUGUUCAUGGGUUCUUGGAUGAAGACACUGAUUAUGUGGCUGGUGAUGUUUCUCCUGGUUAUCCUGAUGAAACAAAUUUUCUUGAUGAUCCCAACUCAAUUUUUGCUGAUGCACCUGGAGAUGACGAAGAUGAUGAAGUUGAGAAUCCUAGAAACCAAACUCGAAUGCGAGGCAGAGGUGUGGCCCCUCUACCAGAUCAUGCUAGAAGGGAAAUUUUGGAGUUAGGGCUUCCUGAUGAUGGUUAUAAUUAUCUUAUUCAUUUGCGGGAGAUUAGAAACACUGGUGGUGGUUCCUCUUAUUACCACAACAGCAAGGCAAAGCUUGAUCAGCUCCCACUGGAUGUAAAGGCCUAUGAUGCUUCAAGAGUACAUAUUCCAAAAGUUGAUGAAGACUCAAAUGAGAAUUCAAUCUAUCAAGUUGCAUCAAGGACUGUUGGUGUGAGGAUCCAGAAGGCUGUUGAUCAUGAAGUAGCUGCUUUGCUUGAUGAUGAUUUAUCUCGAUUUGGCUCAGACAUGGAGGACUUGGAAGAGGAUUUUGUAGUUCAAGCAAACCUACCUGAGGAAGGGGAAAAUGUACUUGUAGAUAAAAAUGUAAACUUUACUGAGCAACCUGAAGUAAUCAAAAGAGAGCUUAACAGAUCUGCAAAUUAUGCUUCUAAAGAACAGGGACUUGACUCUGUCAGUUGGGAUGAACCAAAGAGUCACAAUCAGGAAGCAAGCAAGGAGUGUGGCAGUGAGAAACCUAGAAUUCGACGCCUUUUGGAUGAGCAAUUUGAUGUGUUUGAGCAACAAGAAUAUGGCACGGACAGUGAUUACAAUGAUAAUGGUUCUAUGGAUGCAGAGGGCGAAUGUCUUGCAGAAAAACUUAAUGAUGCCCUUAGGAAUCACGCAAUGGAUGAAUUGGAACUUGAUGACAAAUACAAAGCCCCUGCAGAUUUCUUGUGUGGGAACGAAGUACCAAGCAAAGAAGUACUCGAUUCAGCAGCUGAUGUCAUUCGUCGAUGUGCUGAGUAUGCUGAAAUAUAUAGCAAUGAAAACCAAAAUAAUGAGGAUGUGGUUGUGCUGCAGGAAAGUAGUGAUGAAUCUGAAGUAUGGGACUGCGAGACUAUUGUUUCUACGUAUUCAAAUCUCGAUAACCACCCUGGGAAAAUAGUUGCACCAGAGAACACUAGAAAGAAGAAAUUGUCUGAAACUUUCUCCAGAGCAUUGAGUAGUAGCGGCAAUGUGAUUUCUCUUCGAGGGAAGGAGAAACUUCCAGUUGAGUUUUUGCCCCAUAGCAAAAAAGUUGUUUCAGAGAAAAUGAAGGAAGUGGCUAGCUCGAGGACUGACAUGCGGAGGAGGAAACCACACGGUCAAGAGUCAAAAGAGGAAAAGAAAGAACGGAAGGCUGCUGUGAAAGAGGAGAGGCGAGAAGCACGGCGAGUGAAGAAAGAAAUGAAAGGGCUGUACAAAUGUGAGGCGCAGCGUGCACAGAAGGUUGUAGCUGUAUCCACUCCAUGUUCCAUCCAUAUAAUGUAAAUGUGGGAUUGAUGGGCUUAGAACUUGAUGCAACUAAACGAAUGGAAGUCUAUUUAUUAUUUGUGAUUUACUUUCAUGUCGAGGAUAGGCAUGGUUUUCUCAAAAUGCACGUGUCAUCUCAAGUUUUGUGCAUUACGGGUGGAACUGUGUACAAAAUUGAUGAUUUUGUUGGUUGCAGCAUUUCCAUCAGUUCACUAGUUUUUUUGGGGUACAUGGAGUGUACCAUUGAGGAAUACCUUGAAUUUUGUUUUAGCAUGGAUAUGAAUUCCCUGAAUUUGGCAGAAUUAUUUAGAGUAUAUUUUUGAAUGGCUUGUUCCUUGUUUGCCAUGUAUAACAUUAUAUUAGCUCCCUCUCCCUGCACUCCUUUCCAGUUUUUCAGUACAUAAUUGACAGUAUGACAGAUGCAUUUUUUACCUGUAA